UGACGGAGCGCUCAGAAAGAAUUUCACCGUGUUUGGGGUUGCAUCGCGUCGCGUGACCGCAGAAAAGUCCACAAAAAAGUCCAAGUCCAAUAUCGACCAUUUUGAGUCCGAAUUCGAUUGUGUGACCACUCAAAAGCCUAACAUGCUAAUGUAGCAUCGAAUCAGUUCGCAAAUUGUUCAACGAAAGCGAAAUCAAAACAAAUUGUUGCUCCAGCCGCCGAGCGAAAAAGCGUGGACCCAUUAAAAGAAAGGAGCAUAAAUAAUUCAUUUCAAUAAACACCAAUACAUAAUAAAAUGUCGCCAUUCAUGGAGAAGAUGUUGUUGUUGUUAGGCGUGCUCUGCUGCAUACAAGUGACCACUGCCCUGAUGUGCUAUGACUGUAAUAGCGAGUUCGAUCCCCGCUGCGGCGAUCCCUUCGAGCCGUACUCCAUUGGCGAGGUGAACUGCAGCAAACAGGAGCCACUGGAGCACCUCAAGGACAAGUACAAGCCCACCCUGUGCCGCAAAACCGUUCAAAAGAUUUACGGGAAAACCCGGAUCGUACGUGGCUGCGGAUAUAUUCCUGACGAACACACCGACACCAAGUGCAUUAGGCGCUCGGGAACCCACGACGUGGCCGCCAUCUACUGCGCCUGCACCAAGGAUCUGUGCAACGGAGCCAACUCGCCUGUUGCCAAGUGGAUGAUGCUGCCCCUCGUCUUCGCCGCCGGAUUGGCGCUCCUGCUGAACUCGAGGCACACAAUACGAUUCCAGAGCUCGUAAAUUGAGCUCAAUUUAGCAUUUCACUGAGUUCACUUGUACUUAUCGUUUUCGACUUUGGUUUUAGUGGUUUUUCGAUUCAGAUCUGCAGUUAAUGCUCAUUUAGUUGCAUAAUUUACUUUAAUGUUUAAUUUAAUGUGUUCGUAAGCGUAAUAACAAUAAGAAUAAUACGGAAAUUAUCUUA